GACAGUAGGGACUAGGGCUUAUGCCCAAGAAGGCUAACGCAAUUCCGUCCGACAGGGGUUCAUCAAAACCGCAAUGGCAAUAGAGAACAUAACGCUGACAUGUAGUUGAAGACAGCUCCGUCAUUGACCGUGACCCUAGCCAGCUCAAUCCACGUGGUCCCUCGUCUUCUCAUCAAAACCCCCAUAAACGAAUUGCUGAAUUUGAAGAUCACAGCGACAACCAGGUCGAUCAAUCGAUAGUAUAGGGAGAUAUCAAAGUGAUAGAUCAAAUCGGAAAUGGGUCUGUGAUAUGGGAGAGUGCUACUAAUAGUCAAAUGAAAGGCGUCUUUUCGGCGCCAGGAGAUUACAUCCACUUCAAGUCUCAGGUCCCUCUCCACAAGAUCCCCAUUGGCACAAAGCAGUGGCGGUAUUAUGAUUUUGGUCCAAAAGUGGUCCCUCCACUUAUUUGUCUUCCUGGGACGGCAGGAACUGCAGAUGUCUAUUACAAACAGAUAAUGGCAUUGUCCAUAAAGGGUUACCGGGUGAUCUCUGUUGAUAUUCCUCGCGUAUGGAACCAUCAUGAGUGGAUUCAAGCAUUUGAAAAGUUUUUGGAUGCUAUUGAUGUGCACCAUAUACAUCUUUAUGGCACAUCCCUUGGAGGCUUCCUGGCACAACUUUUUGCUCAGCAUCGUCCAAGACGGGUUAGGUCGUUGAUUCUCUCAAAUUCAUUUUUGGAGACACGCAGUUUCUCUUCUGCAAUGCCAUGGGCCCCCAUUGUCAGUUGGACCCCUUCUUUUUUGCUGAAGAGAUAUGUCUUAACGGGAAUUCCAGAUGGCCCCCAUGAACCAUUUAUUGCAGAUUCAGUAGACUUUGUUGUUUCCCAGGUUGAAACACUCUCAAGAGAGGACUUGGCCUCCAGGUUGACCUUGACUGUUGAUGCUGCUUCCAUUGGACCUCUUCUUCUCUCAGAUUCAUUCAUCACUCUAAUGGAUACGAAUGACUACUGUUCAAUUCCUCAACAACUCAAAGAUCAGCUGAGUGAAAGGUACCCUGGAGCAAGGCGAGCAUACUUAAAAACUGGAGGUGAUUUCCCAUUUCUUUCACGUUCAGAUGAAGUAAACCUACAUCUUCAGUUACACCUGAGACGAGUUGGGGUGGAAGCCCGUCCAGAUUUGGUCAAGGGCAUCUCAAAGGAUGGUAGUGGUGGGAGUUCUAGUGAAAAGAAUGAUGAAAGAGAAGAUUCAGAUGUUCCUCCUAAGGACAAUGGGGGAAGUCCUGAAAGCCCUUCCACUGAAACCCAAUUGCCAGAGGCUCCAGAAAGUUCGGGUUCUCAUAGCUUAGAUGACCAGCUCCUCAGCAAUGCAAAGGUUUGCUUCACCAGUCCUGAACAUGUGAGGCUUCUCAUAUCUCAUGCAUUUUUUGAGAAACAGCAAGACAUUGUAUCAACAAGGUUUGUCCAACCGGCUUGGGAGAUUUUUAUUCUUUGUCUGCUUCCUCUCUAUGUGGAAACAAUGUACAUUACUUGGAUUUUUUGUUGGAAAAGUAGAUGUCUUGUGUAAUGUGGAAGAUUUGCACAUCAUUGUUUGUAUAUUCUUAUACAAGCAAUUGCUGCAAACCUGGCGUGUCCAGAUAAUGCUGUUGUUUUGCGUAAGAUACAGGGUCUCUCUUUGCCUGUGUUGCACAUUUGACAUCCAAGUCGAUUUGUUUAAUUGAAAAUGGAUUCUGUUCACCA